AUGGCGGCUGGGAUCUUUGUGUACUACUGCCACGGAUACGGCCACGCAACGCGAGUAUCGGCGUUUGCUUGUCAUUUGCUAAGUCUUCCGGAGGAAACCAAACCAACAAUAUAUAUCGUCUCCUCAGCGCCAAAACAUGACUUCGCCAAGAGCAUCGGGGCCGGAGUGCAGUACUGCUAUGCAGAAAUUGACCCUGUUAUCGUUCAGCCUUUGGCAUACCACGUCGACCGUCAGAAAAGCGUGCAAGUAUUGAAGCAAUUUCUCUGCAAGAAAGAGGCUUUAUUGGAAGAACAAGGCCACUGGCUGACUCGUGUCAACGCACGAUGUGUCCUAAGUGACGCCGUUUCUUGGAUGGUAAGAUUCGCUUCGGCCGCGAAAAGAGCCGGUGUGCCUUUCAUUCUCAUCACAAGCUUUCCUUUCGACUCGGUAUACAGCUAUCUCGCUAGGUUAUUCAUUGACCAAUCCCCUACUCUACAGCCACAUAAACCUCUCACUGACACCCUUAUCCCCGAUAUACCUGUCCCAAAAUGUGAGCUCAUGCCAUUGGUCGAACCAAUUCACUCGGGCUAUCGUUGUGCAGACCUUCUUCUAGAACCUCCAGGGAAUAUGCCCAUACCGUCAUUCUCUUCAGGGCCAUCCCUACCUGCCUCUUCCUGGAUUAACACUCAAGACAAUAGAUUCCAUCCCAGCAUCAUAAAAACGCUAUUUCGUCCUUAUAACCCACUAGACAUAUACACCAGCAUUCCUUUCCCUCCCUCCUUCUACACGGCUUGCAGGAAAACAUCUCAUCUACUGUCUUCGGUUGUAAUUCCUUCCGAAUUGCAUGAUCCGGAAAUUACCAAGGUCUUAUAUGUAUCUUUCGGUGGUCAAGUUUUCCGAACGCCGGGCGGUAGGUCUCCUAGUAGACUUCACAGCCGAAAGCCGAGCGCCAAUGAUCUGACCAAAUCAAUUCAAGGAUUGGGCAUCUCGUCAGUCAAUUUGCCACCGUCCUAUCCGGGAGCCAGAAACUCAAAUGAAUUCGAGCCUGUCGCAUCCCCUCGCUCAGCUACCUCCUUGCAUGUAUGGAUCCCUGGUGCGCCACCUGCUUCCAAAAUAUCUGGCUCACCACUAUUGUCGCUAAGUCCUUCUAUCGAAUUUCCAACCUUCAACACCAUUCCCUCAACGCCUGUCGUACACGCCCCUCAUGGGGAAUUCGCAGAGCUUGCUGCUGAGGAUGAAACUGAAUCACGGUUGCUUCCCGACUCUUCUUGGGUUGCUAUUGUGUGUGGCGUCACUAAAGACCAAUGGGAGUCACAAGAUGACUCGGAACUCCCUGAAGGUUUCUAUGUAGCGCCACAGGACGUAUACAUGCCGGAUCUUACAGUAGCAGCGGACGUUCUUCUGGGCAAACUCGGUUAUGGAACUGUCUCUGAAUGCGUCGAUUCGGCCACGCCUUUUGUCUAUGUGUCAAGGUCUCUGUUCAUUGAAGAGCAUGGUCUUCGCUUAAUUCUCAACAGUGAAGGUGUCGGAGUGGAACUCUCUAGAGGCUCUUAUGAAGCUGGUGAAUGGCCUCAUGCUGUUCAAGACGCAUUUAUCAAAGGUCAAACUGCGAAGAUCAAGAAACGGAAAGAAAUGGUGACUAGAACUGAUGUCAAUUUGCGCGCUGCCCCAGGAAGGAAAAUGGCAGCAUCAGUUGUGGCAUGGGUAGAUGGUUGUUGGAACAUGUAA